AUGGCCUCUCCCAAUAACUUCAACUUCCCAUAUUUCCCUCCACCACCACACCAGCCAUUCCAGCCACCUCCACCACCUCAUCAUCCAAUUACCCCACCGCCGCCUCAUGUACACCCUCCACCUCCACCCCAUGUACAUCCACCACCAGCACCACUUCCUCCUGCACCAUCACCAAGUAACCAUACGGUUAUAAUCGUUGUGUUUGUCUCAUGUGGAGGCCUUUUCCUCCUUGCAUUCCUCGCAGUUGCUCUCUUUUGUUUACUCAAGAAGAAGAAGAAGAAAACAGUUCAAGAAACAGAUGUUGUUCACGUUGAUGAACAUCUGAAAAUGAAGAAGGCUAUUGUCCCUGGUCCCCAUGGACCCCAUGCUGUGGUUCUUGAAAUUGUGGAUGAUGUUGAUAUUGAUGAAGAGAUUGUAAAGACUAAGAAAAUUGAACAAGGUUCGCACGUCCACUCUGCAGAGAAAAAUGCCAAGGCCCUUAAGGCAGGAGCAGCUUCUUCAAGUUCUGAUCACCACCAGCUGGAACAUAAGGCCUAG